GGGGCCCACCCAGUCCAGCGCUCCCAUCUGCUCCCACCCGGCCGUCCGCACCAGACCCGGCGCCGCCAUGCCCAAGUGCCCCAAGUGCAACAAGGAGGUGUACUUCGCGGAACGGGUGACAUCCCUGGGGAAGGACUGGCACCGGCCAUGCCUGAAGUGUGAGAAGUGUGGGAAGACACUGACCUCAGGGGGCCAUGCCGAGCACGAAGGCAAGCCCUAUUGCAACCACCCCUGCUACGCCGCCAUGUUCGGGCCUAAAGGCUUUGGACGAGGUGGAGCUGAGAGUCAUACUUUCAAGUAGACCCAGGCUGUGGAGACACCCUUCCUGAGUUCGCCCGCUGGACCACUGCUUCUCCAGGCUAAUGCCCAGCCUUAACUCCAGGCACCUGGGGCUCCCCUGUAGACCCUAUGCCCUCAAUAAACCCAACACUGGGAAGA